GAAGAGACUUCUUCUAAGCGAAGGCAUUGCCAAAGUGAUGCCCUCUCUAAUUGCUAUGUACGCUGCAUGAUCAUAAACAAUAUACAGAUUGGUUUAGCAAAGUGACUGAAGGGUAAGGUCGAAUAACAUGGCACAAGAACGCAUCUCCUCCUUUGAUCUUGAUUUUGUUGAUGAUUUUUACUUCUCAGCACUCUUUGAUGAAGAACAAGAAGGAGGAGGUGGAGGAGAAAUCUUUGAAGUUUCAGAUGACAGAUAUGCAGAAGAGUUGCAGUUCCAGGAGGUUUUGAUGGGUUCUGUCAUCGUUUCUCAAAUGAAAAACAAUGGCCCAUCGCCGAUGAUGAUAGAAGGAACCCCAGUAUUGCUACGUAUUUCUGAUCAGCCUAUGCAAAAUGAGAUCAUCCAGUCAGGAGCUGUUGAGUCUUCUUUAAGUUUCUGUGAGAUUUGUGUUGAGAGAAAAGAGAAUGAUCAAAUGUUCAAAACCGGGAGCUGUGUUCACUCAUUUUGUAAUGAUUGCAUAAGCAGACAUGUGGCCGCCAAGGUCCAAGAUGGCACUAGAAUAGUUACUUGCCCUGGAUUGAAUUGCAGGGCUGUCCUGGAUUUGGACACCUGCAGACCUAUACUGACUAGGGUAGUGAUUGAUCUUUGGGAGGAUGCAUUAUGCGAAGAGGUGAUUAAUGCAUCUCAAAGAUUUUAUUGUCCUUUCAAGGAUUGUUCAGCUUUGUUGAUUGAUGAUAAUGAAGGCGAAGCAAUUAAAGAAUCCGAGUGCCCCUUCUGCCAUAGAUUGUUCUGUGCUCUGUGCUAUGUGCCCUGGCAUUCUGGGAUUGAAUGUGACGAGUUUCAGAGACUGAAUGAAGAUGAGAGAGGGACAGAAGAUCUCAUGUUGAGGGAACUUGCUAAGGACAAGAAAUGGAGUAGAUGCCCUCAGUGCAAGUUCUAUGUGGAAAGAACAGAAGGCUGUCCUCACAUGGUCUGCAGGUGUGGGCUUCAGUUUUGCUAUGGAUGUGGAGCAAGAUGGAUUGGAGAUCAUGGUGGAUGCGCUAGGGAAUAAGAAGCAGCAUCAAGCCCUAGAGAGGUGACAUAACCAUGGUGUAAAGAUGAAACUACUACUACUACUAGGAAGUUGUUUUCAUCAGUUAUUCAGCAAAAUGUUUGUCAAGGAAUGAAGCUUGUGUUAUGUUUAACAAGCUUCUGUAAUGGUCUGUCAGCAAGAUGUAUGUGAUGUUUGUCAAAUUCAAUAAAAUUUCCUAUAGUUGUUAUGUUUAACAUGCUUAUGUCCUUGUAGAAUAACCAAUCUAUAAUGUAUGUCGAAUUUUGCCAACUCUUGUCUUAAAUGUAUGUCAAAUUCUACAACUCUUGGUCCAAGGAUAUCACAUGGCUAUAAGAAAAAUAUUUUCAUGCAUUAUGAAGAAUGGUCCGGGUAAUAGCUAGUGCAAUUUUCUUCUUAGUGCGCGAAGGCCAACUUGCUGGACACCUUACACAAUUCUGGUGUUAUCUGAAAGAUUUCGGACAAAAAGAAGUACAAAAGCAGGGGACCAGGCAUCAGUCAUGGUCAGCUGCACUUGUGGAGCCAAGUAACCCCAUAACUGAACCUCACCCACAGAACCCACAAAUCAACGACGGCAGCAAGAGACACCAAUUGAUAAUUAAUGUCUCUCUUCAAUGCAACAUGAUCAAUCUCUCUUGAAAACUCAACUAAUACCAAGAAAAUUUCACCUUUCUUGACCACUGUUUCUUGCUCAAAGUCAUCAUCGCAACCAACACCAUCACCAUCUGGCGAUAAUAGUGAAAGUGAAAGGCCACAGUGGAGAUUAUCACAGUAGUCAUCAUGCGAAGCUAAGGAUUCAGAGGGAAAGACUAUCUUUACUGGCUAGGAAAAGAAGCUGAUAGUGUGAACAUCGCAGUUGGAGCUAGGGCUGGUGUUAUAGAUCCUCUUUUUUCUGGCGAUUUACUGGGCAAAGACUGUAGGUUUUUCUGCAUUCUUACCAUUCUUGUUGCUCAACAUUUAGCAGAGCUUCAUUGAGAAUUAAUUCAUAUCCUUCAUUUUUUUGUGGGUAUUUUAUUAAUUGCGGCUGAUAUUGUGUUUGAUUACCGUCAAAAAGUGACAGUUUUUUGAGUAUCUUCAAGGCGAUUGUUAAAUUGCUCCUUCGUUCUUGGUAAUUUACCUUAACUAUUUUCCCUCUUUGUUCUUGUCUUAGCUUAGUUCCUGUAUGCCUAGUCGUUAGUAUCGUAGUUCUCUUGGAUAUUUCCGGGUCAUUGCCAGAGAUGAUAAAAGAAGUGGCUUGUGCUUCUGUUUAUCUUGUGCAAGGGUGACAUGUAUGAUGUGCUGAAAUUGUUGCUUGUCUUAAACUCAAGUUUUUAUCACGAUUUGGGAUGGAAUAAGUUUAUGCAAUGAAAACCGAACAACUUUUGAAGUUAUGGUUAGCCCUAAAAGCAUCUCCAAGCGCAACCGUACCUGCACAAUACCAAACGGAGCCUUACUUUCUAAGGAAUACAUGAAGAAUAUUGAUGACUAGAAAGGAGGAAGGAAAUUGCAGCGUCUCAAUUUAGAGAAGACAAGAAUGGAUGAAUUCCUUGUUUCAGUCUGCUGCGUUUGCAGGAAUGGACUAGUUUAUCAGAUGAGUUUAAAAAUAUGGCGCAUGGUCAUGUUGCUUUUGAAGUUCUACAUGCAUUGUCCUCACACACAAAUUCAAGUGCAUUCUCAUGCACAUACACAAUGCGCUCAUAAAUAGGCAUGUCUCAUGUUAUACUAUGAGUUCAGGUUGUUUUAUAUUGAAACACAAUCCAGUUAGUAGAUGUUGAAUGUGGCUAACAUACUACUACAUGCUGGCGCACGCUGCUUGCAUAAUGCACCCACUUAAAACAAAUUACUGCUGCUUGUUUCAAGCAAUGCUGUGUUUUUGCAAUACAGAGAUUUCGUGGAGGUGAUUGAACUGUAUUUUUCACAUCAAGAAAUAUUGGUUUUAUGUUUUGCAGGCAGCCUAACUGGGAAGAUGUUGUAAGUAUUGUUGACAGAAUGUUUGAGAAGGAUGGCAUAUCCUGAGAUGAGGUUGUGAGCAUUGUGAACAGAUUUCCUAAUCAAGUGUUGGAUUUCUAUGGAGCUCUUAGGUCCCGAAUAUGUGACAGGUCAAUUUCCAAGCUUUCCUGUCAGCCUUGUGUUUCCAGUGCUUCUGUUGCUACUUACUGGAUACAUGUUUUGGAAGAUGCGAUAUGGAGGGCAGAUAUGUUUUGUUUGAUUUGAGCUCUGAAAAAUAUACAAAUACACCAGUAUUCGCAAGAGAAGAGAUACAAGGAUAAUGAGGUACAAAACUCAUGUAUAGAACAAAGCAUGAGACCCGUUUCUGUCAGUGGGAAGGAGCAUAUCAGCAGGUGCAGAAGGAAGUUUACGCUUGUCCAUCACAUUGAAGUCCUGUUUUUUGCCAGUGGAAACUGGAGAGAGGGAUAAGAUGAUGGAAGGAAUUGAGAAAUGGGAAAAAAUCUACCAGUUUUCUUCUUGUUUAGAUGCUACAGAGAUGAGAAAUGAAAAUAUUAACUUAUUUUUUCUGAAGAAAUUAAACCGCGCAUAUUAUUAUAUGCAUUGACAAGUCAAGUUAUAUGUAUACUUCCAAAUUUCUUCUUUGAUUUCCAUUGCAGUGGGUUGAUGAUAUUGAAGGUGUAGAAAAUCUUGGUAAAAGACUUGUCCAGCGAAGAAAGGACGAGAAACUUCCUUUCUUUACUCCUCCAGAUGUAUGUAUAGGAAUCGAAUUUCUUUAUUUACAUCCACAAAAUCUUGGUAACAAGUAAUAGAGGGCAAGGAGUACGGAGCAUUGAGUUUUUAGCGGAAUAACCUCUUAUUUUCAUUUCCUACUCCUUUUCUCUGCUUUUCACCGCUCUAUCUUUCGCUAACCAUGAAGGCGUGAAGUAGUUCUUUCAUGUGUUGCAGCAAAAGUGGAGGCUUUGCUUGAAUCAGGAUACUCUCUCAUCAAAGAGCACCAGCUAAUUAUACUCACCAGUGUUUGGUAUAGUGAUGGCUUUUCCGAUUGUGGCUUGAAAAGGCAGGUUUGAAAAAAGCUGCAAAUUACAACAUUUCUCAAACCCAAGUUUUUACCGCAAUUUAAGAUGAAAAGCCGGUGUAAGCAAUGAAAACCAGACAACUUUUGAAGCUGUGGUCAGAGCAUAAAACAUCUUCAACCAUACCAGUAUACCACAAUACCAAACAGAGGAGUAACAUGAAGAACAUUGACGACUAGAAAGGAGGAAGGAAAUUGCAGGAAUGGAUUUAUAUAUCAGACGAGUUUAAAAAGAUGUUGCGUGGUCAUUUUUGCUGUUAGUUUUCUCUUUGCUUCCUUGAAAAGUCUGGCCCAGCCAUGAUACAAGAAAAUUUCUCAACUUGUUGAAAACAAGAAAAGCCUCGAACAGAACGUAGCUCGAAAGUAGCCCAUGGCAGCAUCAAAGAGAGAGGCAUGAUUGAAGAGCUCCAUCAUAGGUUCCUUCCUAUCCAUUUUGCCUCGUAGUUUUUACUAGUAUAAACCUGUCGUUCUCUUAAAGCAUUCCAUUGCCUCUUAAAAUGUCUUAGGAUGUGUUUAGUAAUAAAAAAAACCGUUCUUCUUUUUC